AUGCCCCCACUCCCCGUGUCCAACAGCGAGAUCACCAACCCAGGGGAGAGACUGCCAGCCCCCGGGGACUAUGCUGGACCCUGGCAGGCAGUUUUCUUCCACACUUUUGACAGAUUGAAGGCAGCAGAGCAGGAGCCAAUCAGUGACGAAGAGGGGCUGCAAGAACUGUCCAAUCAGGAAGCAGUGACCUUCAGUGAUGUGGCUGUGAACUUCACCAGGGAGGAGUGGGCUUUGCUGGAUCCAUCCCAAAAGAAGCUCUACAGAGAUAUGAUGCUGGAAACCUUUAGGAACCUGGCUACCAUAGGAGGGAUGUCAGAUGACCAGCAAAUUGAAGGCGAAUACAAAAAUUGCAAGAAACAUCUAUGAAGCGAAGAGGUAGAACAAUCCUGUCAAUAUAAGUUAUGGUAUCAACAUGGCAAUAUGGUUUCUCAGACUCCAGAUACAAAUGUGCUUAUGGCAGUAGUUUCAAUACACCCAGGUGAAUGCUUCUCCAGAAGGCCCCUGUUUGGUCAUUCAUCAGCAGAUGGACCCUUCAUGGAUAACACUGUACUGAAACUGUAUGAGCAGCAGGAAUUUCAAGAGAAGCAGUCUAACUAUGAUGAAUAUGGCAAGUCACUCACGAAACUCAAGUCUUUUCAGAAAUAUGCAAAGGUGACUCUUGAGGAGAAACUCCAUGAAUAUAUGCCAUGUGCAAAUUAUUGCUCUAAUUACACUAAAAAUAUUACCAUUUUGGAGAAGCCAGAUGUCAAAUCAUUCAUUAUACUCAGUGAUGAUCAAAUUGGGAAAAGACAUCAUAGAAAAAAGAGAGUGCAGCCAGACAACGCCAAGCAACCAAGCUGAGCUGGCCGCAUUUUAUCCCUGAAGCACACUGUCAUCACACCAUCGGUGGGGGUGGACCUUGUGAUCUAACAAAAUUCGGUACUUUGAUGAGGUCAUGGCGGCCGUGCAGACUGCAUUCUGGGUCUGGAAAGCCCAUAGAUGAAAGUUUUAUGGCAGGUGGGCAGGCUCAUAGCCCUGUGUACCAAGUUUUCAAACCAUUGUGAAACAAGUGUACGUACGUAUUAUAACAAAAGGGUUUCCAUGAAUAAGGGUUGCUAUAAAGUGGACUUAUUUAUUUCCUUUUUCAGAAAAGACUGCCCAUUUCCACAUUCACAAUACACUAACAUUCCCACCAUUUUUCUGAGCAUUCUAACCUCACUGGAAGGCCUCAUUUAAACAUUGUUUAUAAAGAAUACUUUAUUUAGCUACCUUAAGCAUAAGGCACAUGGCUAGGGGGGGAUGCCUGACAUAGAGUUGAGAAAUAAGCCAUAAUAAUGAGAAAUAAAGUAAGAGGAUGCAGUGAACUAUAGAUAGAACAAGACUGAAUUCCCAAGGAAACACGGAAUGCAGCUUUCCCUACUAGGAGCUGCAUCCACUCCCUGCUGAGCUCCCCAGUUUCCAGGAACUGCAAGGGCAAAAUAACUCUUCCUCUAAAAUCUAAGUUUCCUCUAAACCUUACACAGGAGGAAAAUAUGUUUGACUGCCUGAGUUUCAAGUGGUCAUUUUACAUACACAGAGUCACCUGUGAGAGGUGGGCAUUAAACCGAGUAAUUACUGUGAGCUGGAUGUCUCCAAUUAGCUCUGGAUUGAGCAGCCACUUGGCCACCCACUCAGGAUGAUUCCAAGAAUCAGGGUGGUAUUCUUAUUUACAGUGAAAACUCUCCUAAUGUAGCGAAAGGUGAGGCCUAGUGGGUGGGUUACAUAAGGGACUGAGCUCUGAAGAAAGGAGAGGAGAUGUGGCCUGUGACACAGUAAACACUCGUGCUGACAGCCUGCGAUUUCAUUCUUCUUGUGUCUGUGUCAGCCAUGUCCUGCUUCUGUAAGCUCCCUCUUCAGUAGGUAAUUUCCCCAAAAUGAGUUGGGAAACUAGUUUCUGGGAAAUUCUCCUGUAGCCCAUCAAGUCAGAUCCCUAGCAAUCAGUGCCAUAACCAGUCACAAAGUGACCCUCCGAAGGGGUGAAGAUAGGGCACCCACACCCCAAAACGGUAAACUACCCCUGCGUUGUGACUCAGCUCCUCUCCUGAAGUGUCUGCAUUGCUUCUUGCAAUACAGUUUUGAUUGGCAUUGGUCUUCUAUUUGUCUUCCUCUUCUCAUGUCAGAGAAAAGCCCAGCAAGAGAGUUUGGACACCCACAACCCAGAGCCACCAGAGGGAACAUUAACAUCCUACUUUGAAGCCUAACUCUAACCCACAAUGCCUGAAACCACAGGCUCUGUUCUUUAUCAUUGUCAGUAGGGGGUCUGACAGAUGUAACUAGGGUGAUAAUUUUUUGGACUGCUGAGUAUGCAAUGAAUGAUCCUCCCAAGUCACCUGCAAUGUUAAGCCUUUCUUACAUUCUCAUGGCUCUUGUCAACAUCUCCUAUGAGGCUGGCAAUCUGGGGAAACACUGGAAACUCUGGGCUUCAGUGUGAAUAGAAAAAGGCAGAGGUCUGAGAGGAGGUGUGGGUCUGAGACCCCCUCGCAGACAUUUAUAACCAUCACAUCCCCAGCUCUGCUACUGAAAGCACCGAGACCAGGGACCCAGCGCCCGCAGCCGCACCAGCUCCAGGCCGCCCUGAACCAGACCGCCCCGAGCCCCGCUCUCCCCACACCGCCGAGGCGCUGCCGGGCCACACCGGACGGCACCGUGGGCGGGCAGUGUCACGGUGGGGACGGGCUCACGGACACGGCGGUGACCCGGACCCCGCCGAGGGAACAGUGGCAAAAGCCCCAGAGCCCGGAGGACCUCGGGGUCCGGAGCUCGGCGGGAGGCUGCGGCUCCCAGAGCCGGUUCCGGCCGCCUCCUCUCAGACCUCAGCCCGACCCCAUCCCUUCCCCGGCUUCCGUCCCGCACCAUCACCACUGCGCGGCUUCCCGGUGUCCCCGAGUCCUUCCCACGCGGCCUGCAGCGGCAGAAGUCCCAGAGGGCAAUCUAAUGAACCGAGGAACUCUGGGCACUGUAUCUGGACAGGGAGUCAUGACACCGGAGUCGCUGGCCACAAUGGCUCACCUGAUUGUUUUCAUACAGCCGGCUUGUUCAUUGCAGACUGGCUCCUGAUUUAUUGCUCUUCCUCUGUGUAGAGUAAGGGAAAAGUAAACUCUUGCCUGCUUGGCUAGAGCGCAAGUGAUAAUUUGACAUCCAGGAACUUCUGGAUAAUGCUGUUUCUCACAAUAUCAACCUCACCUCGCCUAAGAAUAACUGGAUUUAAGCAGUUUACUUACUCCUAGCUUUCUGGAUCUGCCCUGUUUUCUUAAUGGAGUUAGUGUGCUCUUCCUGAAAUAGUCACUCAUGUGCUCAGGAGAUUCCAUGGCCAGUGUCUUAUGGAAGAAUCUGUGCCAUGACGCAAGAGAACAUCAUCAGUGCAGGACAGGACAGGACAGAAUGGAAUGGAAGGAGGACUGUCCUUUUUACAGUAAUGUUUGGAAAUGAGACAGCUGGUUUCAUUGUCAAGAUUUUCACAGUCUUAAGCUAUUUCCUUUUAUUCAAUAAAGUGAAUAUACCUCACUCCUUGCAAGGAAAACAGUUACUUUGCUGAUAGAAAACUAAAAGUAAAUGAUAGCUAUAUUCUGCAAAAGAGUAAAGAGGAAAGGAAAUCAAAUUUGCAAUUCCAUUAGACAAGAUUUGUAUUUUUUACAGGAUCAAAAAAAAAAAUCUCUGAAUAUUGACAACAAGCUAAUUACCAGCUAUGAGAACUGAAAUAAUUGCUCAAAUGAAGUCACAGCCUUGGACCUCUGGUCAAUGCAGUGAUGAGGCAGACAUAUACCAGGACUUCAAACUGUAGUUCUACAGAAGUUUCCUCCUCAAAGCACCAGAAAUUAAAGGCAAGCCUUGCAUAUGGUAGGUAAGUACUUACCACUGACCUAUGCCCACCCAGCCUCCUCAACUGCCUAAUUUAGUUGAGGUAGUUGAGGUUCACUGCUGUUCUUUGUGUGUGUGUGUGUGUGUGUGUGUGUGUUUAUAAUACAGGCUAGACUCAAACUUAUACUUCUUUGGCUUCAACCUGUUGGAAAUCAGUACCCAGACUGAAUAUGUCAAUGCACAUGAUGAGGUGAUAAGGCAUGAUGACAUCCAGGAAUUUUGACAAAGCAUUGUGAUUUGUUUUGUUUUGUUGUUUGCAAAAGAUUGCAAGCAUAUCCCAGUAAUGAGGUAGCAGAUACCAUGAACAUUGGGGGAACUGGAGUUUUAAGCCCUAACAUGUGGAAAGCAACUACCCUUAAUUUUAGUGACUGAUUUCAGAGGCUUAGAGUCUUUGGAAGUUGGUAAAUUGGUGGUGCAAGGAUUGGGGGUUAAAUUGUUGGAUCAGAUAGACAAAGAGGAUUGGAGUUUGGAGUGGAAAGACCUUGGAUCUUAUCUUGGAAACUAGCUGUGUUCUGCUAAAAAGUACAGUCACUGUAAUGGUUUUUGUCUGGAUGUCCCACAAAGACUCAUGCAGUCAUGGGGAGUGACCUUUUGAAGUUGGCUGAAUCUAGCAUUUGUGACUGAUUCAUUGUAUCACGCUGGGUUUGGUGAUGUGAGUGCUGCACCUGCCCUGGAGUGGGUAGCUGGAAUGCAACGUAAGGAAAGAAGAGAGUUGUGCUCUGCAUCUUUUCUCCCUUUUUCUUGUGUCACUUGUGGCUGUCAUGAAAGAUGGCCCCUCAGUCACACCACCCUGCCUUGGAGCCAGCUAUAACCUCCAGUUAUAGGCUAAAUAAAUAUUUUUUCUUUCAUACUGGGUGUCAGGUAUUUUGUCUCAGCAAUGAGAGAAAAGUAACUACCACAGAAUCUGGUAGUAAGAGUGAUGUCAUUGCUGUGACUAUAUCUGACCAUGUGGGUCAAGACCUUCAGAGAUGGAUUGUGGGAAACACUGGGAAAGUUUGGAGAUGUCACCUGAAAGAGUAGCACUGGAACACUUUAGGCUGUUCUCUAUGAGAGAUUCUGGUCAGAACUCAGAAGACCAGAAAGCUGAUAGAAAUCCUGCUAGUAGAGAUGAGGCUUGCAAGAUUUCUGCUGGAAAAGACUGCAUUAGUUGUAAGGCUCUAGACAGUGUAUGUUAUUGCUUGGCAAAAAGUAUCUGUAUUUUGCUCAGGUCCAGAGACUUUGCCUGAGACUGGGAGUAAGGGCAACAGACUAACUAAUAAGGGAGAAGAAAUUUCAAGAUAGUCAAAUGUUGAGGCACUGGCAUGGCUACUGUGGGAGGCUUUUAGAUAGAUUUAUGUUGCAAAUCAAAAGCAAAGGGCCCAGUAGGAUAAUUUAAAACAUUGUGAGUUUGGCCAGGAAAAAAUCUUCAGUAAAGCUGUGGACUGUAAAGAUGGAGCUGAGAUCUCUAUUGAGAAGGAAUAGGAGAAUGAAAAGGAGUCUUGAGAGCAUCACAAGAAGCAACAAAAUUUCACCAUUUGCAACCUCAAAACUGCAAAGAUGAAAGGUUUUGCUUUGAGUAGACAGCCAGAGUGUGAUAUUCCAGAAUUGUGGCAGCAACUACACAAGUUCUAAGGGUGGCUGCUACACCAGAUUCCAGAAUGGCAAUAACUCAGAGAAUUUGUUCCUCAAAAUCAUGGGCAGAGUGCCCAGAAAUCUAGGUACUCAACCCUUACAGGGAUGCAAGAGAAAAGCCUGGCUUUCCUGGCAGCAGACCUUGGCAUCAUCAUCUUCAUGCUGAUUUUAGGUGCAUGGAGAAUGCACACGUUCUGAGAUUAAAAGGCUUCUCACCCCAAUUUCAGAAGGCUGGGAGGCCAGGGAGUGUGCCCUGAGAGGGCAGUGUGUCAAGGUGUAUUAAGACAAAGGUGCCGUGGAAAACCCAAAAGUCUGGAAAAGCCAGGAUCAUGGGUCAUCGAAGGAAAGCUGCAAGGAUUGAGAAGAGCAGGCUUAAGGCAGAAGCCCUGGGAGCUACUGCCACUGGAUGUGCACAAUGGGUGAAGAUACACAAGCUUUUUGGAGCUUACAAGUUACCACAAAUAGCUUCAGAUGUUCCAUAUAGAACUACAGCACUUAAUGUUUGGCCUGUUGGAGUUUGAACUUAUUUUGAUUUUAAUCCUUUGCAUCUGUUUGUACAUUUUUAAAUUGUAAAGUUUAUCUUGUGUCAUUGUAUAUUGGAAGUGUUUAAAUUUGUUUUCACUUAUAAAGAGGCUCACAGCUAAGAGACUGUCUCACAUCUCGGAUGAGAUUUUGGACUUGGACUUUUCAGCAAUGCUGAAACUGUUAGGACUUUGGUAACUCGUGCAGAUGGACUAAAUUCCUUUCCAAUUAAGGGAUGUGCUUGAGUCUUUAGGAAGUCAGGGGCAGAAUGCUAUGGUUUGUGUCUGGAUGUCCCAUCAAAGCCCUAUGCAGUCACAGGGGGUGGGCUUUUGAACAGCAGCUGAAUCUUACAUUUGAAAUUGCUUCAUUUCCUAGUGCUGGGGUUGGUGGGGUUGCACCGCCUUGUGGUGGGUAGCCAGAAUGCAAUACGAGGGAGAGAGAGGCGCCCUUUUGCUCUUGUCACUUGUGGCCAGCAUAAAAAUUUGUCCCUCAACUGUACUACCCUGCAUUGGAGCCACCUGAGUAUGGACUGAAACCUACACAAAUUGUAAGCUAAAUAAACCUUUCCUUCCUUCUUUUGGGGAAUCAGGUAUUUUGUCUCAACAAUGAGAGAAAAGUAACUGCAACAGUCACCAUUUCUUGGAGCUCAGGAUAUUAACAUUAGGGGUUGGGUUGUGAGUACAUGGCAAGGUAAUCUAAAUCCAAAAUGGAGUUCCUUUGGCCUGUUGCUUUGAAAGAAAAGACAAAAUCUAUUUCUCACUGAGGCACACAAUUUCUGGCAUUGCAGGUUUGUACCACCUCAAGUAACAUUUGAGUUUUAUGUCUAUGCCAGUUUUUUUCCUAUCACCUCAUAUUUGGCAUUGAUUAAGACAUAUGUGGGGGUUGGGGAUUUAGCUCAGCGGCAUAAACGCCUGCCUUGCAAGUGUGCAGUCGUGAGUUUGAUCCCUGGUACCAAUAAAAACGAAAAAGACAAAAAAAAAAAAAAAAAAAAAAAAAAAGACAUAUGUGGAAUGCUAGCACCACUGAAAGCCUAAAUCUGCAGACAGCAGUGAUGCUUUCCCUCCAGCACUCCAGGAGUGGCUGUGAUUCUUCAACAGUCUUACCUAUGGGAGCUGGCAUGCUCAGGUGCACUGGAGCUAAAACAGCACAGAUCACACUAACAUCAUCAGAUGGUGUCUACAGGAAAUACAUACAAGACCUGAGAACUUGCAAUUAACAGGUGACUUCUUUGGGACCACAGCAAAGUUUUGUAGGUGACUGUGGGUACCUUCUCUCCAUAGUGCUGUCCAAGGAAGCUAUCUUGUAUGGUGGACUUUUAACAAGAGCUGAUGCCAAAACUUUCACCGAAUAGUUCAUUCUGAGCAAAAUAAAGAAGGUAAGCCUGAGGCCCAGGUGAUCCUUGUUCUCUGCCUGAGACCUUUCUUCCUUAGCUGGUAUUGCGGUAUCACAUCAGAGCCUUCAUACUGAUUAAUGAACAUUUCUUCUCUGCUUAUUUGUCCUCUUUAGAUUGUCUUCAGUAAAUAUAAUUUAUUUUUAUGGUAUACCCUGUAUCUUAUGCCCCAAUUAUUUAUUAUUUGUAGAAGCUCCUUUGGCAAGUGCUAAGAGAUUGUUUACAUACACAGGUUGAAAAUAGGCGCAGUUAUAUUUCUUGUUUUCCACUUUGGUUUUCUUAUUGCACUGGUCAAAACCUCCAGUGCAAUAUAGUUUGUGAGUAGUAAGAGCAAAUUUUCUUGCUUUCUUAUCUUAUGGAUACGAUGUUGGUUUUAGGUUUUCUUGUAGAUGCCUUUAUCAAGAUAUAGAUGACUCCUUUUAUUUUGUAUUUGACAAUUUUUAUCAUCAUUGUUAUCAAUUUUUCCCAGUACUAUUUGUCCAUCCUUUAAAACAAUUAUCUAGUGGUACUGCAACUAGGAAAAAGAACUUACUAAUAGUCAAAGAAUAUAGAAAAAUGAAAAAUCACUACUCCACAAGACAGCGGCAAGUGAAUCCCAAGAGAUCGCAUCACAGAAUAUAUAAGUAAACAGGCAAGGGAAGUAAUACCCCAAAUGAUACAGAACCUUUCAAAGGACAGUGAUUUUAAGGAAGAUGAACUAAACAAUAUGGUUCAAAUAUGAGUCUAUCACCUUAGCGAUUGUGGAAACAAUUAUAUAGCAUCUGCCGAGAGGUUCUAGACAUAAUAAACAGCCGCAGUGAGGGUAUAACAUAGAAGACCUACCAUAAACAUCUAUUAUAUUUAUUAAAGAGAAUCUAAAGAGGAGAAGUAAGCAGAGAAGAGCUGCUCCUCACCCGGUCGGAAAGCUACGGCCCUACACCCCCAGGCCAGCUGAGGGCGAACGGUCGCGGUCAGAGAUCCGGGGUCGCCCGGACUUGCAGUUACCUUCUCCAUUCUCCUCAGGAUGAGCUCUUAGGUAAAAGCUUCGCAUCAGCGCUCUCAAAAGGCCACCAGAAAUAAUUUGCUGGCUUCAAAAACACCGAGGAGAGAAAGGACACAGCGCCAACUAGUAAGCUUUGCUAAGGUCACAACAAAGGUACUUGCUCCCUCUCAAUUUACAGGCCUCCCGGCCUCUUCUGAUGACGUCAGUGCCCGGCGUCGCCCCGUCUGCUUCAAUGCGCCUGCGCGGGCCAGCUCCUUUGGGAGGAGGGGCUCUGUGUCACAACCAGGCCUGGAGGGCUGGAGAGGAGGCGUUGUUGUGUAGCACCAGUAUAUUGCUUGUCUCUUAAUGAGCACAAAAUAUGAACUGAUAGGAAAAACUUUGGCGUAGAUGCAAAAUUCAAAAACUGCUUGAGGUAGUGCAAGCUUGCACUGAGAGCUGUUAUAACUUAAGCCCUAACUGAUUGCGCCGCGUUGCCUGUUUUGUAAGCGCCGUGCUGCUCCCUUCCCCCUUCCCCCUUCACAUCUAACUAGGUUAAGUUUCAAUUUCCUGAAAGGCCAUAAAAAAGGUCUGAGGUAUCAGUUCCUGGUAAACCCCUUCCCUACCUGGUGGCCCAUCAUAAAUUGCGCUAAUUGUGCUAAUUGUGCUGUUCUUUACAAAAGCAGUGCCUGUUGUUCUUUAAGAAAUGAUUAACCUCAGGAAAUUACAGAAAGUUCUGUAAGGUCCAGCUGCCAGCUGCAAUCUAACUGUGUCAAUAGUAACAGCAUUCCUGUGGUUUUCUGCUUUAUAAGUCACUGCCUUUAGCUGUGAGAUGCGCAGUCUCCAAAUUGGCUCCUGGAGACUGUGACGCCAGGCCUGGCCUAAAAUAAAGCCUUUGCUCCCCAAAUUUUAA